CCGAGAAGUAAUAUGGAAAGCUGUGCAGAUCGAUAUGUCCACUACCUUGCAGAGCAGUUAACGCCUAUUGCCAUGAACACUGAAGAGAUCCAAGAACACUCUAAAACUGACCCAGAAUUGAUUCAAGUUCGACAAUGCAUCGAGAACAACCAAGCCCAUAAGCUUCCACCACAAUACAAACCCCUUGAACAAGAAUUGAGCAUCGUAGACAAUAUCAUACUACGUGGCAAUCGAAUUAUCCUGCCAACAAAAUUGCGAAGCAAAGCAAUCAAAUUAGCACACGAGGAUCAUGCGAGUAUGACGAAAACGAAACAACGCACCCGCUCUAAGUUAUGGUGGCCCAACAUGGACAAGGACAUCGAACAACACAUUCGAACAUGUCAUCCUUGCCAAAUCGUAGGAAAACCAGACAGACCAGAACCGGUACAAUCUACCAAGCUUCCAGAUGAACCAUGGACAGAGCUUGCAAUUGAUGUAUGCGGUCCAUUCCCUACAGAAGAAUAUGUAGUUAGCCUCAACGACUAUUACUCAAGAUGGCCCGAAGCAAUUAACAAUACUUCGAACAGUCACGUCAGCGAAAAUCUUAGAAUGGUUCGACAAUGUUCUUGCAACACACGGAUAUCCUAA